CAAAGGGAGGGAGAAUAUAUAUUUAUAAUAAGUCUAUAUGUAUAUUACAGACGCACAGGUUUACAUUCGGUGAACUUUUUUCUUUUAUUCUUUUCUUUUUCUUUUUCUUUUUUUUUUAAAUUUGAAAACCCAGGGACACUGCAGAGGAGUCUUCCUCUCUCUCUUUUGGCGCGUUACUCAAGGGGGUAUUCUGGUUUUUUUUUGUUUUUGUUUUUGUUUUUGUUUUUCUUUUUUUCGGAGCGCCCAAGGGGGCGCAGGGACAGAGUAGGGAGGAAAGAGGCAGGGUGGGCGGGGGGCAGAGGGCGAGCCGGCGGCCAAGGCGAAGGGCUUGCUGGCAACACGAUGCGGUCCGUGCUGCUGCUGACUUUCUCGGCGUGCGUGCUGCUGGCCCGGGCGCCGCUGGCCGGCGGCGCGAGCGGUGGCGCUGGGGACCCCGGGCCGGGCAGCGGGCGCCGGGAAAAGAGAGAGGCGCUGGCGGCUCAAAAGAUCGAGGUGCUUGUGCUCUUGCCCCGGGACGAUUCGUACUUGUUCUCGCUGGCCCGGGUGAAGCCGGCCAUCGAGUACGCCCUGCGGAGCGUGGAGGGCAACGGCACCGGGAGGAGGCUGCUGCCUCCGGGCACUCGCUUCCAGGUGGCCUACGAGGACUCGGACUGCGGCAACCGUGCGCUCUUCAGCCUGGUGGACCGCGUGGCGGCGGCGCGCGGCGCCAAGCCGGACCUCAUCCUGGGGCCGGUGUGCGAGUACGCGGCGGCGCCGGUGGCCCGGCUGGCGUCGCACUGGGACCUGCCAAUGCUGUCUGCAGGAGCGCUGGCCGCUGGCUUCCAGCACAAGGACACCGAGUACUCGCACCUCACGCGCGUGGCGCCUGCCUACGCCAAGAUGGGCGAGAUGAUGCUGGCCCUGUUCCGCCACCAUCACUGGAGCCGCGCUGCCCUGGUCUACAGCGACGACAAACUCGAGAGGAAUUGCUACUUCACCCUCGAGGGGGUCCACGAGGUCUUCCAGGAGGAGGGUUUGCACACGUCUGCCUACAAUUUCGACGAGACCAAAGACCUAGACCUGGACGACAUUGUGCGCUACAUCCAGAGCAGUGAGAGAGUGGUUAUCAUGUGUGCCAGCGGUGACACCAUUCGGAGCAUCAUGUUGGCGGUGCACAGACAUGGCAUGACCAGCGGAGACUACGCCUUCUUCAACAUUGAACUCUUCAACAGUUCUUCCUAUGGAGAUGGCUCGUGGAAGAGAGGAGACAAACACGACUUUGAAGCUAAGCAAGCCUACUCAUCCCUGCAAACAGUCACCCUACUGAGGACCGUGAAACCUGAGUUUGAGAAGUUUUCCAUGGAGGUGAAAAGUUCUGUUGAGAAACAAGGACUCAAUGAGGAGGAUUACGUGAACAUGUUUGUUGAAGGGUUCCAUGAUGCCAUCCUCCUCUACGUUCUGGCUUUACACGAAGUACUCAGAGCUGGCUACAGCAAGAAGGAUGGGGGGAAAAUCAUCCAGCAGACCUGGAACAGGACUUUUGAAGGUAUCGCUGGGCAGGUGUCCAUAGAUGCCAACGGGGAUCGGUAUGGGGACUUCUCCGUGGUUGCCAUGACUGACAUGGAAGCAGGCACCCAAGAAGUCAUUGGCGAUUACUUUGGAAAAGAAGGCCGGUUCAAAAUGCGAUCCAACGUCAAAUACCCUUGGGGCCCUUUGAAACUGAGAAUAGACGAAACCAGAAUGGUGGAGCAUACCAAUAGCUCUCCUUGCAAAUCGUCAGGUGGUCUAGAAGAAUCAGCAGUGACAGGAAUCGUGGUGGGGGCCCUGCUCGGUGCUGGUUUGCUAAUGGCCUUCUACUUUUUCAGGAAGAAAUACAGAAUAACCAUUGAGAGGCGAAAUCAGCAGGAAGAAAGGAACAUCGGGAAACAUCGAGAGUUACGUGAAGAUUCCAUCCGAUCUCAUUUUUCGGUGGCUUAAAAGAACGCACCCCCUUUUGUCCGCUCGAGAGAUGGAUGGAAGGAGAGACAUCAGUGGAAGAGAAAGGGUGUGCGUGCGUGCGUGGAGAACUCUUUGUUUUAAGCAGUAGUCAUUUCACUUUAAAUUUCCUUUAGAAGCUCAGGAAUGAUUAUUAAUCACUAUCUGCCUCCCGGCCUUCCAUCUCAUGGCAAACAAGUAUAAGGAUAGGAUGCCAUUCUAUUAGGUGUUCCCACUGCUGCAAGGGCAUAGGACUAGAUUUAUGUUUUGAAAAUCUGGUGUCUCCAUAUCUUGAUGGCUUUGGGGGGCCUUUCACACGAGGAUAUAAAAAUGUGGUUUUUCUGAAAUGAAAUGUUUUGUAGCUAGAAUAAAACACUUUUUACGAGUAGAAUAUUCUUGGAAAGAAUUUAACAUCCAAUAAGAGGACAAUGGAAUGAAAAAAAAUCUCAAAGGCUGGGAAUGCAGGGCUCCCCUCUCUGGAGCCGGCGGACAGGUUUGUGGUAGACAAGGGCUGCGUCCAAUGUCCACAUUCAGGUCUGACUUCAUAUCUCAAGAAAGGAUCCUCCCUGUCUCUCUCAGUGUCUCAGAAAAGCUACUCUGGAAAACUGUAAAUAUUAGUGAGCUAGGAGGAUUUAUAUAAGAAAAGCAAAUCUAAAAUGUUCCUUUUAUGAUGUAAAAAAAAAAAAGCCCUACUCAUGCUAACAUUUUAUUUUUAAGUAUUUUAAUCUUAUAUUUUGGUAUUAGAAAUGUGUCUAUUUUUUCAGUUUGAAGAUUAAAUUUCACUUAUAUUUUAAAAGCAUGGAGAAAGUGUGUGAGAAAUCCAUGGUGGCAAUGGGGUGGUCUCUCUUUCUCUACUGUCCUCUUUCCCUUGGCUAUGGCCAAAUACUAACUGCUUAUUGCUACUGUGACUGCAGACAUCUAGAAACAUGUUCAGCUUACAAACUCUA